AUGCGUAUCUCUUCAGUUCUUCUCGGUGCUGCUCUCGCAAGCAAUGUUUUAUCGGAAACAUCUCCCCUAGGACUCCGUCUCGGAAUGCUCCUCUACCCAGGCUACCAAGCCCUCGACGCCUGGGGUCCUCUCGACUUCCUCAACAUCCUCUCCUUCCGUACGCAGCUAAACCUCACCAUCAUCUCCCCCGACGGCCUCCCCGUUCCUAUCAGGACCUCAAAUCCAGCCUUCACCCGCUCCAACUCCACCGUCGACGAAGUCGUCCUCGCCACGCACAGUUUCGCCAACGCUCCACCUCUCGACGUCCUCUUCGUCCCAGGGGGAGUGGGAAACCGUGAUGUAGCUGCCAUACAAUCUAGCAUCGACUUUGUAAGAGCGACUUACCCGUCACUGCAAUAUCUCAUCACAGUCUGUACCGGCGCUGGCAUAGCGGCUCGUGCAGGUGUCCUAGACGGACGUAACGCCACGACGAACAAACGUGCCUUUUACGAGAUGGCGAACCAUGGACCGCGAACCUGGUGGCAUUCCAAGGCUCGCUGGGUGGUAGAUGGGAAUGUCUGGAGUUCUUCAGGCGUGAGUGCGGGUAUGGAUGUUACUCUUGCUUGGAUCCAACACGUUUGGGGAGCAACCACGGCGGAGGACCUGGCGGUGGGCGCGGAGUACGAUUGGCAUCGUGAUCCAAGCUGGGAUCCCUUUUUCGGGCAUUAUAAUAUCUCGGAUGUUGUUAAUGGCGUUACGAUGGCUCCGAGUGCGCCUACGCCUACGCCGACACCCAACAUUGCGAAGCCUAGGCCAUUUGUGAGAUAG